CAUGUUUUAUUAUUAAAAAAAAAAGAGUAUAUAAGAUAUACUAACUUCAACUUUAGGUAUAACUUUUUACUUUAUUAAGGAUCAAGGUUGGCUUAAUGGUUGUAAAUAGGGAUGACAACGGGUCGGACUUGAACUGGAUUAUGCAUAAUUCGACUUCGACCCUACGAGAAGUCAGAUUCUAAAUCCGAGUUUGACUCCGAAAAUCUGACUCCGGCCCGACUUAAAAGCCGGACAUCCGACUCCAAAUCCGGUCCGACUUAAAAUCCAAACAUCCGACUCCGAACCCGAUCCGACUUAUUUUUACCCAUUUUUAAUAAUAGAAUAGUCUUGUAUAAUACAAUAAUCUAAUCAUUAUAAUUUAUACUAAUAAUCAUAUAGAAAUCUUAUAUAGUACAAAUAAUUUAAAUAUUACUAUUAUUUUUAACAAUCAUUUCUUUUAAUGGAAAAAUUAUAUAUCAUAUAAUUGGCUGAAAGUCGAAGUCAGUUAAUACAUAAGUAAUAUAUUAACAUAAAUAAGGAAAAAUGAUUGAUUGGCUCAAAGUCGGAGUCAGAUUAUUUUAUAAGAUCCGACUCCGACCUUCCUCCGACUAGGAGUCGUACUUUUUAAACGGAGUCGGAUUGCUUCUUUUUUUGUCGGAGUCGACUCGGAUUUUUUCCUUCGGAUCAGAGCGAACUAGGGUCGGAUCAGAGCGAACUAGGGUCGGAUCCGGACAGGAUUGUCAUCCCUAGUUGUAAAACCUUCCUUCCAUCCUUGUGACAGGGGUUCGUUUCUCAACCCUUACAAGAAGGAUUCUUAAUUUUCUCUCUUCUUGCAAGGAUAUUUUCCUCACCUUAAGAAGAAAAAUCCUCCUCACUUUCACAAAAAAAAAAACUUUUAAGAGUUUGAUCGGAUUUAGUUCAAAUUAAGAUAAAGCAUUUUUAGUAACCUGGUCUAAAAAAAGGUGCAUAAAUAAUGACGUUGUACUCUUAACAUGAAAAUCUCUAUGUUAUAUUCCAUUAUAUUUGUCAAUAAUCAAGGUUCUGCUAAUUAGUUAACAUAUAUAAUGGCGUUGUAAUGACUUAACAUGUGAAUUAUGUGAUGCCUUGCCGCCUUGUUCGCCGCAUCUUAUGAUCAACGCAACAAGGAAGCUUCUUUUUUUUUUGUACGUCUUUUACUUCUUCGCAUUUGCCUCUUCAUUUCUAUGAAAAAUCUAACACAUUUGAGUAUUUGACCUGCCCAAAAAUAAUACGUAAAAGAUAUAAACAAACAAUCAAAAAAACAUAUUGUUUAAAAUAAGCUAAUUUAGCCGUCUUAAUCCUAACAAGUAACAACCAACCAUCAACUAUCUCGAUGCUAAAUAACUGGAACAACAGUUCAACACGGACAGCCGUCGGUUAUUAUUAUAAACAUCAAUAAAUCGAGCUCGCGACACGUGUCGUCUCUAGAUUGGUAUAAUAUUCUCUUGUCUUAGUCCUAUAAAUUUGAACCAUUCCCAAAAAAAUAUCAUUCAUUCAUAUUUCAAUCUUGUUACAUCAAAGUUUCAAUUCUCAAGCUCAUAUUAGUCAUCAUAUACUCAUCAUAUAUCAUGAAUACCAUGCAUUUUUCCUCAAUAAGAAAUCCCCUCUACCCUUUUUCUCCACUCACCAAAAAUGCAAAUCCGAAAUUGAGAAAUGUGAAAAAUAAGAAGGUUAAUAACAUAAUUUCGUCCCUUCGAAGGAGCAACUCAUACGGGUCUCAGUCUGAAGGACGUGUGGUGGAUGAAAAUAUGAUCGUUUUAAGAAAACGAAUCCACGAAAUGAAGAUGGUCGAGAGAAAUUUCGAGCCUCCAAAGGAGUGGAUGGAGUGGGAGAAACAAAUGUAUGCUCAAUAUGAUGAGUAUAUAUGCAUGGUUUUAGGUGUGGUUCAAACUCAAUUGAUGAAUUCUAGACCUGGUGUAGCCCUUGGUGCCUUGGCUUUGCUUACAUUGAGUGUGCCCACUUCAGUAAUUUUGCUUGCUUUCCACUUUGCCCAAGUUGCUGAUAAGAUAAUCAAGCUAUAGUAAUAUUUAUUCAUUUAGAUCUUGCAAUGUACUAUGUACAUAUUCAAUUAUUUCAUUUUAAGGGUUCUUUUGUGCUUAGUUAUUGUAGAUUUGGGGUUGAUUAGGCUAAUUUUUAAUGGCCGCCCUUCAGAACUUUAGUGAUUCGUUCAUUAAUUGAAUAUUGUGUCUA